GUGUUAUAUCACAUAUCCCACAUCGAAAAUGGUGCGCAUCACGGAGGAGCUGGUGCGCAAGAAGUCGGAGCACAAUGAGCGGAUGAUCAGCACGCUAGAGGAGAUAUCGCUGCACCAGGAGGACAUCGAGCGCAUUGAGCAUGUGCAGAACUGGUGUAAAGACCUCAAGAUCCUGCUCCUUCAGUCGAACCUCAUUGCGCGCCUGGAGAACUUGCACAAACUGAAGCGACUGGAGUACCUUAACUUGGCCGUGAACAACAUCGAGCGCGUCGAGAACCUGGAGGGGCUUGAGUCGCUCAACAAACUGGAUCUCACGCUCAACUUCAUCGGUGAGCUGACCGGCGUGGAGUCACUGCGCGGUAACUACAAUCUGCGGGAGCUCCUGCUCAUCGGAAAUCCCUGCGCGGACUACCCGCACUACCGCGACUACGUGGUGGCCACCCUGCCGCAGCUGCAGAGCCUCGAUAGUCAGGAGAUCACGCCCUCGGAGAGGCUGCAAGCCCAGCGGCAACUCUCCCAGCAUCGCGCCGUUAUUGUGCAGUGCCAGGCGAACCAGGCCAUCGAGCGGGAUGAGCAGCGAGUACGCGUAGCGGAGCAGCAGGCGGCGCUGGCCGAUCAAUGCGCCGACAUUAAGGACGAGGAAGAGCGUACGCGCACCUUCUGGAACGCCAAGAGCGAGCACUGCCCGGAGAUACGCACAGAGAUCGCCCGCCAGCACCGGCUGGGCAGGGAGAAGCAUGAGCCGAAGUCGUCACAGCCACACGCCAAGCGGCAGCCGCAUCUCUUCGCCCCAUGUGGACGUCCUUAUAACCUGAACCAGGCCAAGCUGCCCUUCAACUUUCAGGAUGAGCCGGCUCACUACUCGCUCCAGCUACAGGUGUACAGACAUCUGGACACUGCCCUGAUCGAUGUGGAUGUCCAAACCAACUACACGCGAGUCAUUGUCAAGGGCAAGAUCUUUCAGAUUGCCUACAACGAGGAGGUGCAGCCAGGUGAAUCCACAGUCCAGCGAUCUCAGACCACGGGCCAUUUGAUGAUUCUACUGAAGAAGCUGAAGGUCAACGAAAUGCUGACUAUCAAGCGUAGUCCGUCCAAGGGGGCUGUACACACUGCUACUGCGGUGCAGACAGGACACGAUCCGGUGCCCCUCCGCGGCGCUGUGGACAUUGCGAACAUUUGUCCGCCCGCCGAUCUACCAGAUUUGAUUUAA